AUGACUGGAAUGCCCUCUAGACCGUCCUCUCUCUCCAGAUGCAUGCCGGCUUUAAAAAUUACACGGAACCCGCGAUGCUUGGCCUCGUCUCCGCCGGUUGCUUUGGGGAGAGCCGGGAGCGACUCUGAUGCCGACCAUGUGUGGGGACGCGGGGCGGCGAAGGCAUCUUUGGCACCGAGACGGCGCAGCAGGAGCACUGCGAUCUCCGACGACAAGACUGCACCCUCUGGAGGCAUGGCUGACAAGAACAGCACCCUGAAAUGCACGUUCUCUGCUCCUGGCCACAGCACCACUCUACUGCAGGGACUGGCCUCGCUCCGAGCUCAGGCUCAGCUGCUUGAUGUCAUCCUCACUAUAAAUAAUGAAGUGUUUCAGGUUCAUAAAGUUGUCUUGGCUGCCUGCAGUGACUAUUUCAGGGCGAUGUUCACGGGCGGGAUGAGAGAAGCCAGCCAAGAUGUGAUCGAACUGAAAGGUGUAUCUGCAAAAGGACUGAAACACAUAAUAGACUUUGCGUACAGUGCUGAAGUGACUCUUGAUCUUGACUGUAUUCAGGAUGUGCUGGGAGCUGCUGUCUUCCUCCAGAUGGUGCCUGUCGUGGAGCUCUGUGAAGAAUUUCUGAAGUCCGCCAUGAGCGUAGAAACGUGUCUCAAUAUCGGGCAGAUGGCCACCACCUUUAGCCUCGCAUCCUUGAAGGAAUCAGUAGAUGCAUUCACUUUUAGGCAUUUCCUCCAGAUCUCCGAGGAAGAGGAUUUCCUCCACCUGCCACUGGAGCGCCUCGUUUUCUUCUUGCAGAGCAAUAAGCUGAAAAGCUGCAGUGAAAUAGACCUCUUCCGUGCUGCCGUCCGCUGGCUGCAGUAUGACCCAACGCGCCGUGCCAAUGCCAGCCAGGUGCUCUGCCACAUCCGCUUCCCGCUGAUGAAGUCCUCGGAGCUGGUGGACAGCGUCCAGACCUUGGACAUCAUGGUGGAAGAUGUCUUGUGCCGGCAGUAUUUGCUGGAAGCCUUCAAUUACCAGAUCCUGCCCUUCCGUCAGCACGAGAUGCAGUCCCCUCGGACCACCAUUCGCUCGGAUGUCCUGUCCCUCAUCACCUUUGGUGGCACUCCCUACACCGAUAACGACCGCACAGUGAGCUGCAAAGUCUACUACCUGCCAGAUGCCAGCAUGCGCCAGUUUAAGGAGCUGACGGAAAUGGAGGUGGGCAGCAGCCACUCCUGCGUGGCCGUGCUCGACAACUUCGUCUACAUCGUAGGCGGGCAGCACCUGCAGUACCGGAGCGGCGAGGGAGCUGUGGAUAUCUGCUACCGUUACGAUCCGCACCUCAACCAGUGGCUACGCAUCCAGGCCAUGCAGGAGAGCAGGAUCCAGUUCCAACUCAACGUCCUCCACGGCAUGGUGUAUGCCACCGGUGGGAGGAACCGGUCGGGGAGCUUGGCCUCGGUAGAGAAGUAUUGCCCCAAAAAUAACGAGUGGACUUACGUGUGCUCCCUGAAACGCAGGACGUGGGGGCACGCUGGAGCCACGGUAGGAGACAAAUUGUACAUAUCAGGUGGGUAUGGCAUUUCAGUAGAAGACAAAAAAGCCCUGCAUUGUUACGACCCCGCCGUGGAUCAGUGGGAGUUUAAAACCCCAAUGAACGAACCCAGAGUUUUGCAUGCCAUGGUCAGUGCAAAUAAUAGGAUUUACGCUCUGGGUGGCCGCAUGGACCACGUUGACCGUUGUUUUGAUGUUUUGGCUGUGGAAUAUUACGUGCCUGAAACAGACCAGUGGACAACGGUGAGCCCGAUGCGUGCAGGUCAGUCGGAAGCUGGCUGUUGUUUACUAGAAAAAAAGAUUUAUAUAGUAGGAGGGUACAACUGGCAUCUGAACAAUGUUACAAGCAUUGUGCAGGUGUAUAACACAGAAACUGAUGAAUGGGAAAGGGACCUACAUUUUCCAGAAUCUUUUGCUGGGAUAGCAUGCGCUCCCGUUAUACUGCCGCAGGUAACGACCCAGAGAUAACCACGCACGACCGUGUUGGCCCGCGAAAUCACCUCGUGUUGCAUGUUAUCAGGAUGCCGUGUUGUUUCUUUGUUGUUUGCAAAUGGUAUUGUGCAUUUUGUGGGUGAGGGAAGGAGAAAAAUAGCUUGCGUUCCCUCCUCCAUGAAGUCCCUCCUCCCCUUCUGUAGUGUUCUGGCAAGCGAGUUUCAUCAGGAGCACUUGUCAGCUAGUUAGACUUAACAGAUGUUACAGCUGGAAAAAGCUUUUCUCUUUUUCUCUUUUUUUUUUUUGAUGGGGGGGUGCAUUUUGCCAACUUUUCAUAUUUUUAACGGUGUCACACGUUGUAAACAUUGGCAGCUCAGGAGUAAUUAAGUACUGUGGUAUGUUUCAAAGAGUUCAGGUGUGAUUUUUAUUAAUAGCUUCAAAAAAAAAAAACAUUGUAUGUCGCUUUGUUGUUUUUUAGCAAACAAAAGAAAACCAAAACCCGUAUAACACACUGACCUCCAGAAGCAAUAAAGGGACAGUGAGAGCUGGGAGAGCUCAGGUGCUUGGGUUGUGAAAGCAUAUUCUUGCUUUUCAAAGGUGACUUUUUUCCCCCCUUCCUAAAAGGGGAAUACUUAUCCUGGCACCCCUCUGGUCUCCAUUGGUUCUUCAUUGCUUGGGUGACACUGAAAUUCCAGAUCCUUCCUCACCCCCUCCAGAUAACAGCAUGAUACUCGGGGCCAGAAGUGCUCCCUUAACUGGGGCAUCCGGAGUUUGCAACACUAAAGCCAUGUCGAUAGCUUGAUUACAAAUAAAAGGGCAUGAUUAUUAUUGGGGUUUUUUUUAUAACUGCCAAAAAUGCAUUGGCUUCACUGGCAAUAAGAGCUCUGCAGCUCUUCCUCUGGGCGCCCCACGAAAGCAGAGGGCGCCCGGGGCGUCUGGUUCAGGACCCCGCUGCCUUUCCCGUCGCUCCACCGGUACACCUUCAUCCAUCCCCUUUUUGUACAGUAAAGGAGGUGGGUGCUACUUGUUCAUAAGCUUGACGGUUUUCUCCCUUGGCUUGUAAAUAAGAUCCUUGGCAUCAUAAUAGGGUGGAAGUCUAAGUAGAAUGCUUUUUUUAUUGUUGUUGCCAGUGAGUAUUUCAAAUCAAGAGAUUUAUUUUAAGAUGACUCUGUCAUUUUUGUAAAAUCUGUGUUUACUGCACAGACUAAUGUUACUUCCUGAACUUUCCUUUCUUCCAAGCCAUUUUCUCUAAUUAAUUUGACUGAUUAAAGAAUUGAAAGUUUCUCCUUUUAUCAGGUAUUCUGUUUCAAGGGCUUUGUUUUGUAUCCGUAUAGGUUGGAUUUUGAUGUAUGCACUCUUCUUUUUAGAGAAACCGUUGCAUUCUGCUGUUAAAUAAAUACUCUGCUGUAACCUUUAGACACAAUAUAUAAUGUCUGUUUUGCUAAUGAAUCAUUGAUCAGGGCCGUGUAAAGCAUGAACUCCAUACCUCAGAUUCACUUAAAGAUAUUUUUCUCUAAUAAUGAAAUUGAAGCACCUUUGGAUAUGAUCCGGUGAGGACACACGCUCCUCAGUUCAGCUCUGCAUUCUACAUUUCAGAUGAAAUGAUGCAUAGUUUCAUCUGUUCCUAUCUAUUUGUUGGUUUGCCAAUAAUAAAUUAAUGAAAAGUACUUGUUGGUGUAUGGUAUGCUAAAGUCAGUGGGCAAGCUCCGCGUCCCAGCUCUCAGGCAGUUAAUUUACUCCAUUCUCUGCUCGUUUGGUCUGGCGGAGAAGCUAGGGACACUGCGGAACAGGCUUGGCAGAUAACAAGCCCAUUUUGAAAGGAUGAAAUGUAACUCCAUACGAGCUUCAAUAUUACAAAAUAAUGGAUUUUCUUUUUUUUUUUAAUGCUUCCGUAUGUUUAUGAUGAGGGUACUUUCUUAGGUUAGUAACAAAUGGAAGGUUACUCGCUUUCCUAUUUGCGGAAUACGAUUAAUCUUCUUAAGAGUGUGUCAUUCCUUCAUCAUUGCUUUCCUAAAAUACUUAAGUAUUCUUCCCUAUUUUAUUUAAAUUUUUCUGCCAAAAGGAUUUCUGCGGCAGCAGUUGAUGGUUUGGGUGUUCUCUGAUAACCUGGGUUUUUCUGAACGUGCAGCCGUAGUGCUCAUAAGCCCCACCAGGUCAGAUGGCUGGAGAGAACCCAUGCGAUGACCGCAGCUGGCGUCUCUUCAUGAGGAAACCGUGCUUUAUUUUUCCCUUCAAGCCUUGAAGGUAUGUGUGUGUCUCUCGGGGGGUAAAGGGGUGGAAAAAAAAAAAUCCUUGAAAAAGUGAAAAAGCACGUUUGGUGUCACUUUUAAGGUCAACCUUGCAACAUAAACUUAACCUCCGUAUCCAUUCCUGUUGGAAGGGUGGCUUUGCAGACAGGAGGAUACACAAAGCCAUUCUGUAACUGUAUUUAAAACACAGACCAACUUGUUGCAGCAAACUGGCCCGGUACCCACAUUCCCAUUCCCUGGCACUGUGGAGCGGGGGCUGGGAAAAGUUUCCAAAUUCUCUCACUGAGACUUGCAACAACGCGCUGCUGUGCACCACCUCUCUUUGUUACCGGAAUGUUCUUUUUAUAGCGAUAUAAAUAAUUAUUUUUCAUAACAUUAGCUAGAAAUAUCCUAGCUGUUCUAAAUUUAGCAGAGACUGGCUAAAAUAUUUGUGGAAGUGCGUAUCAUCCAUAUUGAUAAUAAAGUUUGUUUUACCCCUGGUGAAGUAUGUAGUGGUGGCUCUGGGCUGUUCCAUGCGUAACCUGUCCGUUAUUCUGCAAAUAAACGGGUUUGAUUCUUUUGCUGCGUUCAGCAACUUGACAACGAGCUGAAGGAUUCUGCAUAAAUAUCUGAAGUGAUCGCGCUCCGGGGCUGGGGUGGAGAAGGCGCUUUGCAGGAUGCCCUGUGUGCACAGCAAGUGGCCUGGGCUCCUCUCUCCUUCAAGAAUGAGCAAAGCCGGAUAAAUGUUUGAUUGCACUCGGAGUCAUUUAUUAGUCUCAGAGCAGCAAUAAACAUUAUAGGGGUAAACCUGAUUUGGUACAUUUUAAAAUACCCUUGAACAGAUGGGGAACAGUAAAAGCGCAGCAUCAUUAGUUCUAGGUAUUUGCAGAGUAUGCAUGUCCCAUUAGGGACUCCUGUCAUGGCCGGGAUAAUAGCUUCUGUCUUCUCUGAUGUUUUAUGGGCCUGAAAUUGUACUUAAAACUAUAAAGAAAGAAAGCACUAGAACUCUUGGCAGGGUGCGGAGUAGCUAGAGAUUGGGAAUGUCUGCAUCCUAUUAAUGGUGUCAUUGACCCUCUUCCAGAGGGUCUGUCGGCUCGGCAAGCCCACUGUCAUUUCUGCCUAUCCUAGAACCCGGCUAAUUCACGCAGACGUGUCCUAGCGUUCCUACCGGGGUCUUGGAAGUUUAAGAGCAGCGGAAAAUUUCAUUUCUUUGAUUUACAAUGAAUGAAGGCGCUCCCACUAGCUCUUCGUACCCUGGUGCUGAUUUAAAACGAUGCUGCGCAACAGCAGUGCUCGGGACCUCGCGUAAGCCACAUCAAACCCAGUCAGACGUUUCCACUUCCAUGUCUGUGAUAAGGUCUUUAGUUGCUGAAACUCUGCAAACUUUAGGGACAUUUAUCAUGCUAGGAUUAUUGAAGCCAGACUACUGUCAGAAUAAAUAAAACAUGUUUCCCAGUGCAACUCUAAUUAUGAUUUUUAGCCAGUUGUGUAAUGUGCGGAACUUUAUUUACAAUAAAUCUUCCAGUUGCUUGCAUAAAUGAAUGGGAUUUCAUCACUUGUGACUUAAGGACCAGGAAAAGUUAAUGUGGCUGAAUAAACGUACAGUCUAGCCUGGGCGUGUUGGCGUGUCAGGGAGCAGAGCUGGCUGGUGGUGCCUUCCUGAGAGGGCUCAGCUACCUGGAAUUUCACCUGGGAGCAUAUAUAUCUCUCUCUGUCUCGCACGGAGACAUCUCUCCCUGCAAGUUAUUUUUUACAGAGACAGCUUAGAUUCUGCUCUGCAUUUUAAUGGUGAGUAGGCACAGUAUCAUCCCACAGGCUCCAGAACUUUUGUUUCUCAUUCCAAACUAAUAACUGAGUUUCAGUAACACAAGUUUGGCACUUUUCAGUUAAAUAUUUCAACUUUAGGGAG